AUGGUAGCAUUUUUCUUAAAGUUAUCGGUUUUGGUUAUCUGGUGUUCGCUCCUUGUUGCGGAUCCCCUAGAAUUUAAUUAUCAUUCCAACGAAGAUUUGGAAAAUAUACUACAAAAGUUUUCUUUUGGUAGUAGUCGUUUUCGGUUAAGGAAAAAUUUGUACAGUAUAGGGAAUACUUCUGGGAGGCCCAAAAGUGGUAUUCCACCUUCUCCGAUAUGGGUUUUGGAGCUGACAGCGGCACCCGAAGAUCGUGUCGGAGUACCAAAUGUGAAGUUGGUGGGAAAUAUACAUGGUACGGAACCUGCGGGACGUGAAGUUCUUCUUCAUUUUAUUGAAUAUUUGAUUGAAGAAUACGAAUAUAACGAGAUGGUGACUUGGCUCCUAAACAACACAAAAAUCCACAUUCUUCCCAGCCUCAAUCCUGACGGUUUUGCAGUAGCAAACAAGUUUUUCUGUUACGGUUGUUCAUCCUGUCCCGGUGUCGGAGUUUCAGACGACGAAAUAAUCAUCAGUAGCAACUUCCCUGACUACUUUCACACCAACGAAGUUUUGGAACAUGCAACGGAAACGUUGGCCGUAAUGAAAUGGAUGGAAGAUGUCAAAUUUAUUCUGUCGGGAAGUUUCUUCGGCAGUUUCGUGGUUGCGAUUUAUCCGUAUUGCAACAAAAACGAAACACGGUUCGUAAAUCCAACUCCGGACGACGAUGUAUUUCAAUUUCUCGCCAAAACAUACUCAAAUAACCAUCCAAUAAUGCAUAAAGGAUUAACUUGUCCUUCGUCCAGUCUUCAUUUUGACGGAGGAAUAAUCAAUGGAGCUGCUUGGCAUAAUCACGAUGCCGAUAUGACCGAUUAUAAUUACAUAUUUCGCGGCUGUAUGGAAGUCAGAUUCGAGAUUUCCUGCUGUAAAUAUCCCGAUAUCGGAGAACUUGAAGGAAUUUGGUUAGAUAACAAAAAUGCUUUACUCCAGUAUUGCAUGCAGGCAAAUAGAGGCGUAACAGGACAAGUUUUGGACCUAUAUACCAGAAAACCAAUAGAAGCUACGAUGAAAAUAGUUGGUAGAGAUAUGGAAUUCAGGAAUUACAAAAAAACUGGAGAAUUUUGGCGCAUAUUGUUGCCAGGUGAUUAUCAAAUUCGGGUGGAAGCUGACGGCUACUAUCCUCAAAUUCAAAACUUCUCGGUAAUAGAUUAUAAAACAGAUCUGCCAAAAUUAACACAUUUACCAAUAUUGAUGUUAAACACAUCGAUUUCUACAACGACCGUUUCAACAACUCAACCGACCACCACCAGUACAGAAGCAAUUAAAAUUAUAACGCAGACAAACGACAUUUCUAACACACCUCAACAACUGAUGAUAUCGACAAAUUGCAGUCAAAAAUGUCUAGGAAAUUAUGUACAGGAAAAUAUUUACCUGAUAGGUUGCGCUUUAUUUUGCGUUUAUGCCAACGCAUUCAGUUCCGCGUGGUUCCGUCAGGAUAAACGGUAA